UAACGUUUGUAGAAUUUUUAUUUGACAAAUAUGAAUUGAAGUGGAAAGUUGACGCGUAACAUAUUUUUUUCAUUAUUUAGUAGAAAUGCAAUCAAUCUAAUUAUCAAUGUGAAUUGGGACGUGUAAUGUGUGUUAUUGUAUAAUUAUAGUGUAGUUUUAUUUAAUUACGUUGCAAUCCAUCCCUUUAAUUAUAAAAUUUUGAGAAUGAGUACGAAUUAGAACUACUUAGCCUUUGUCCCUUUUAGUUUGUCCAAAGGACCUGCAAUAUGGGUUUGCUUAUUUCGAAAAUUUGGAGCUUGUUCGGUAAUGAAGAACAUAAGCUUGUAUUAGUGGGGCUCGACAAUGCUGGGAAGACCACAAUCCUGUAUCAGCUGCUACUUGGUGAAGCCGUACACACGAGGCCCACGAUAGGGUCAAAUGUAGAGGAAGUUGUGUGGCGGAAUCUACGUUUUGUCAUGUGGGACCUUGGAGGACAACAGAGCUUGCGAUCAGCGUGGAAUACUUAUUACACAAAUAGUGAGUUUGUGAUAAUGGUGAUCGACUCGACGGACCGGCAGCGGCUUAGCAUCAGUCGCGAGGAGCUCCAUCGUAUGCUAACACAUGAGGAACUCAGCAAGGCUUGUUUACUCGUUUUUGCUAAUAAACAGGACGUCAAGGGGUCGAUGACGGCGGCGGAAAUAUCAGAACAAUUGGAUUUAACGUCAAUCAAACAACAUCCGUGGCACAUACAGGCGUGCUGUGCGCUCACCGGUGAAGGGUUGCACUUAGGAUUAGAAUGGAUCGCAAGUAGAAUAAAAAAGAAAUGAGCGGUGACGAGUCCAGCGAAGCGUAAUUUAAUGUUGGUACCUCUUGACUAUUGUUAACGUUGCAUAAUUUUUCGAUCACACGGAUUUCUAUUUUUUAAAUGAUGAUUUUUACAAAAGUGAAAUGAAUUUUAACUCUUAACUUAUACUUUUGCGAUAUUUUCUAACGAUUAAGAAUCUAUGUAUGUUAUUUGGAAUGAAUGAGAUGUAAAUGUAAUAAUAAAUAAAACAAUUUCUAAUAUGUU